CACUGGCAGGAGCGUCAAAGGACCACUUCUCGUACAGUCUGCAUGCGUACAGUCCCGUCUGUUGAUAGUAACGUUACUGACAUUUCGCGUCCCACAUUUGUUUUAACUCGACGUUUGAAGGUGUAGGAACCGUUUUCCAUUUCCCUCUACGGCGGUCGGCUAACCGAGGUUAAGUAGCUAGCUGGCGUCCUCCGCUAGCAAUGACAUUGACUGCAGUUCCGGGUUGUUCGCUAUGAAAGUCUAAAGUUAUGUUAAGUAAAAGACAAACAAAAAAAGUAACGUACACAACCUGUGCAAGUUAAGUCCACUGUAGUAUGAGGAAUUCAAGCCCUCUCAUAUAACAGACGAGCGUUUUUGCGUCGUCUGUAGUUAUUAAAACGACCUGGCAGCCUGGCAAGUCAUUUAGGAAGUUUUGCCAGCGAGGACAAUAUGUUUUUACCACUUUUUUUAAAGAAUUGUCGCUUUUCUCUUUCUGCACAUCUGACAUUAAACUCCCAGGUCUGCAGACGAGCUGGGCAUCCUGCGAAAAAGGCCCACUCUGUUUCUUGUCCUCUCAGCUGUCACAGAACAACACACUUUGUUCAUUUUAGAGCCACUCCGAGGGCAGCACCACCUGUCUCAUUCCGCAGCAAUGGGAGGACGCCGUGUUUCCAGAUUAGUCCCAAGACCACGUUACCUCUGCACCCUGGUCCUGUCCUGGCACAGCGUGGACAGCUGUUCCACACCUCAGCCCCUGUGAGGGCCCUGCCUGCUCCUCUCGUAUGGUUGCUGCUCAAACCUUUGCAGAAGAUCACGGCUAUAAUACUGGGCAGGAGUAUUAGGAAGUGGUGGGUGGCUCUACCAGCUAACCGCCGGCAGCUCAUGCGCGAAUUGGUCCGGCAGCGUCGCUGGCAUCUGGCAGCGGGGGCAGGCGUUGCUAUGGUGAUUGUAGCCCUCCUUCUCCUGACCCACCUGGAUGAGUCCCCAAUUACUGGACGGACCCGCCUCCUGGUCUUCAGCAGAGAGAACUUCAUGGAGCUGGCAGAGCUGACUUCAGAGGCGUACAUGGAGGAUUUUUCAGAGCUGUUGGUUCCGGUCACUGACCCUCGUCACCAGGUGGUGGAGCGGGUGGUGCAGCACCUGGCACAAAGAAACAAGGACAUCCCUGAAGUGUCUGAAGUCAGCUGGAGCAUCCACGUGGUGCAAAGUCCCAACAUCAAUGCCUUUGUCCUACCGAACGGGAAAGUCUUCAUUUUUACGGGGAUGCUGGACGCUGUGGCGGAUGUUCACCAGCUCACCAUUGUCCUGGGACACGAGAUGGCUCAUGCUUUAUUGGGACACUCGGCAGAACAGGCCAGUCUGUCUCAUGUCGUGGACCUCCUGUCCCUUAUUCUGCUGACAGCCAUCUGGGCCGUGUGUCCUCGAGACAGCCUGGCUCUGCUGGGACAGUGGGUACAGGGCAAGCUUUCCCAGUUGAUGUUCAGCCGUCCCUUCAGUAGGAAACUGGAAGCUGAGGCUGAUCAAGUUGGAUUGCAGUUGGCUGCAAAGGCGUGUGCAGAUGUGCGAGCAGGACCUGUAUUCUGGCAGCAAAUGGAAAUCAGAGACCAGCUGACAGGAGAGCCCACCUUCCCCGAGUGGCUGUCCACACACCCGUCACACAGGAACAGAUUCGCUCAGCUGGAUCGCCUCAUACCACAGGCUCUGGAGUUGAGGGAGAGCUGCGUCUGCCCUGCUCUACCUCCUAUGGACCCUCGUGUCGUCUUCUCCCAGAGUGUCCACCUGUUGCUGGAAAACGCUAAGCGCCAGGAGAGAGAAGGGCCAGAAGGGGCACGCAAGCCCCGCCUGCCCCACAGCCCGGUCUCCCUUUCCACUGGAUUGUGUGCAGCUCUGCCUACCCAAACUGCCCUCCUUCCUUACCCAAAUGUGGAUCAAAAAACUAAUAACCCAGUCCCUUCCGUAGCUUCAGCUUUAGUGGUGACAGCCUCUGUCCCUGCUCCUGCUGAGGGGGAGGGACCCCACCCUGUGGUGCAGAGCAUCAGCUGACAGAGGUGUUAAAUCCAGAGUCCAGACUAACUGGCUUUUUGGAUGAGUGAGUGAGUGAGUGAGU